GGCAAUCAACUAUGACAAAUUGACACAACUACAAAAUUUCUGCGGCUAAAUAAAAUUACCCAUAAUUUAUUUAACAAGUACUAAGUGGGGUUUUAUCGCUUGUUUUAAUCAAUUCCUAUCUUUUAUUUGCUCAAUUUAGUUCUGUGUGUAUAAAAUCCAAGUUCGUUUAUUUGUUAGACGCGAUUUGUUCAUAAUCAUGACAUUACCUGUGGUUCUCUCCAAGGUGUUUAAGCAUGUUGAGUCGAAGCGACAACUCUACAUAGACCUGCUAAAAGAGGCGGUGGCAAUUAAGUCGGUGUCUGCAUGGCCUCACACCCGGCCUGAAGUAGUAAAAAUGAUGGAAUGGGCGCAGACCCGCUUGCAAAAUUUAGGGGCGACUACAGAACUGAGAGACAUUGGAAAUCAGCAACUGGCUGAUGGCACUGUACUGAAGUACCCGCCUAUUUUACUCGGUCAUCUUGGUUCUGACCCUAAAAAGAAGACUGUUCUUGUCUAUGGGCAUUUGGAUGUUCAGCCAGCUCACAUUAGUGAUGGUUGGGACAGUGAACCCUUUGAACUAACUGAGAAAAAUGAGAAGCUCUAUGGAAGAGGGUCGUCAGACGACAAAGGACCAGUUCUCUGUUGGAUGCACGCAAUUGAGGCCUACAAAGACUUAGGAGAAAAUUUGCCGGUGAACUUAAAGUUCGUCUUUGAGGGUAUGGAGGAAAGUGGCAGUGAUGGCCUAGAUCAACUUCUCUUGUCAGAGAAGGACAAGUUUUUAUCUUCCGUUGACUAUGUGUGCAUUUCCGACAAUUAUUGGCUGGGAAAGAACAAACCUUGCAUCACUUAUGGGUUGCGAGGAGUUUGCUAUUUCUUUAUCGAAGUGAUUUGUGCAGGCAAAGAUCUCCAUAGUGGAAUCUUUGGAGGCACUGUCCAUGAAGCUAUGACAGACUUGGUGUACUUGAUGAACACUUUGGUGGAUAAAGAUGGAAAAAUUCUAGUCGAUGGAAUGUAUAAUGAAGUAGCCCCAUUGUUAGAAAACGAAAACGAGAUUUACGAGAAAAUCGACUUUGAUGUCAACGAGUACCGUGCAGAUGUUAAGUGCCAAAUGCUUCUGCAUGGCGAAGUAAAGGAGAAGAUUCUCAUGCACCGUUGGAGGUAUCCGUCUUUAUCUCUUCACGGAAUAGAGGGAGCAUUCAGUGAACCAGGUUCAAAAACAGUCAUUCCAGCCAAAGUGAUUGGCAAGUUUUCCAUAAGAAUCGUCCCUAAUCAAACUCCCGAUAAGGUGGAACAGUAUGUUUGCAACUAUGUCCAGAAGCUCUGGGAUCAGAGAGGAAGCCCCAAUCACAUGAGAAUUUACAUGGCUGAGGGCGGUUCUCCAUGGACUGAAAACCCGUCACAUCCGCAUUAUACUGCUGCCGUGAAAGCGACGAAAUAUGUCUACAACGUAGACCCAGACUUGACUAGAGAAGGUGGUUCAAUCCCAGUUACAUUAACCCUGCAGCAGGCUACAGGGAAAAACGUUCUGCUUUUGCCCGUGGGGGCUGGAGACGAUGGGGCGCACUCCCAAAACGAAAAACUGGACGUUAGGAACUACAUUGGCGGGGUGAAGCUUCUAGCUGCGUACCUCUAUGAGAUAUCCCAGCUGGAGUAAAUGCUGUUUUUAUAUUCUUGGUUGACUUAUCCAUGCAUUUUGGACAGCAUGUAGUCUUGCUGAUUACGUAACAUAUGUUAUAGUUUACCCAUUUUUUAAAUACAUUGUUUGUAUCUUA